UUGAAAUCUCUUUCAACAUGUUGUCGAUGGGGUAUUUUUAGGUACACGCUGGCUACUAUAUACGUCAACCUCACAAACUCAUAUGAGAAGCCACAGGUCGAGGAAGAAUUGGUUAAACUCGCUCAGUUUGCCAAGCAUCAUGUGCCCGAGGUACAUCCGAAAGAUACUGACGACUAUGUAGAGAAGCGUGUGCGCUGCUUAGUCGAAGAAGGAGCUGUAGCAGCAUGCGUUGCGGUCAGCAAAACUGAAUCUCAUAAAGCGUUGGAGUUUCUUGCGAGGGCCAUGCUCGCAUUCUCCGAAAUUGAAGACCUAAGAGGUCGUAUCAUUUCUGAAGGUGGAACGAAGCUUUGCUUACGUUUGACAAAGGAAGCUACAGCUGAAGGAAAGAUCAAAGCUGCUCAUGCGAUUGCCAAACUUGGUGCCAGGACGGAUCCACAAAUCGCUUUUCCUGGACAAAGAGCGUAUGAGGUUGUGAAGCCUUUAUGCGAUCUCCUGCAUCCCGAUAUAGAAGGGAAACCUAAUUACGAUGCGUUGCUCACUCUGACUAAUCUGGCCAGUAUGAACGAUUCUGUUCGUCGGCGCAUACUGAAAGAGAGAGCCGUACCGAAGAUCGAAGAGUUCUGGUUCAUGACGGAUCAUGAGCAUCUACGUUGUGCUGCAGCUGAGUUAUUACUGAAUCUUCUAUUCUUGGAUGAAUUUUUCAAGGAUACAGUAAAACCUGGCACAGACAAGCUGAAACUUUGGGUUCUGUACGCGGCUGAAGAAAACGAGCGCUUGGCAAGAGCGGCUAGUGCAGCGUUAGCAAUUCUGACCGAGGAUGUGGAUGCGAAUCGUCGAAUAUUCAAAGAGAUUAAGAGCUGGCCAGAAGUGUUCAAGGAAAUUGCAAUGCAUGAAGAUCCCGAGACUCAAAAACAAGGCCUUCUUGGAAUUGCCAAUAUUAUGGAGAGCGAUGAGAAGUUGUGCUCAGAAAUUGUUGCGUCUGAAAUAUUCCGAGUACUUGUCGCCAUUGCCAAGCUGGGAGCAGUCAACAAAAGCAGGAAAGGAGCAGCUGUACAAGCAAAAAGAGCUCUCGCAGCUGCUGAGAAAUUUGGUAUCAUUAGACCUACCGACAGAGAGCUGUACGAGCGGACUAAUAAAGUUUCGACGAUACCAGAAGAGUAG